AUGGCUCCUUCUAACCUCCCUCCCAUCUUCAAUGCCACUUCGCAGGACAUUGAGAUGCUGCUUGCAGCUCAGUGCCACUUGGGAUCCAAGAACCUGCAAGUGCACAUGGAGCCUUACCUGUGGAAGACUCGUCCCGAUGGAAUCAACGUGAUCAACAUUGGCAAGACCUGGGAGAAGAUUGUCCUCGCUGCCCGUAUCAUUGCGGCCAUUGACAACCCCGCCGAUGUUGCCGUCAUCUCUGCUCGCCCUUACGGACAGCGUGCAGUCCUGAAGUUCGCUUCUCACACCGGUGCUACUGCCAUUGCCGGUCGCUUCACCCCCGGUAACUUCACCAACUACAUCACUCGCUCUUUCAAGGAGCCCCGCUUGAUCAUCGUCACCGACCCCCGUACCGAUGCUCAGGCUAUCAAGGAAGCCAGCUACGUCAACAUCCCCGUCAUUUCUCUGUGUGACACCGACUCCCCUACCGACUUCGUCGAUGUUGCUAUCCCCACCAACAACAAGGGUCGCCACGCCAUUGGUUUGGUCUGGUGGAUGCUUGCCCGUGAAGUCCUCCGCUUGCGUGGCACUCUUGCUUCCCGCGAGACCGAGUGGGACGUUGUUGUCGAUCUCUACUUCUACCGUGACCCUGAGGCCGAGGAGACCAAGGAGAUUGCUGAUGAGGCCAAGGUUGCCAGUGCCGACGAGGUUGGUGCUGCCGCUAUUGAGACUGGCUAUGCUGGUGACAGCUGGGAUGCCGCCGCCCCUGGCGCUGCUGCUCCUGGCACUGCUUUCGCUGCUGCUAGCGCUACUGCUGGUGCUUCUUGGGAGGCUGAGGCUGGUGGUGACUGGGCUGCCGAGGCCCAGCCCAACCCUGAGACCAAGUGGUAA